UUUUUUUUUUAUUAUUAUUAUUAUUAUUUAAACUAUCAAAAUCAAACAAUGAAAUUAUUGACGUGUGCCUUUACACUUUUAUCCACUGGUUAUUUCUUAACUAUCAACUCUGUUGUUCAAGCUCAAGAAGGUAGUACUACACAAACCUCUUCAGCACCUUCCUCCUAUUCUUGUGACCCCAAUAUUUGUAAACUUGCCAAUAAUUGUCUUUGUGCAUCUAGCAAACCGCCAAAUGGUCUUGAUCCUAAAGAUACUCCUCAGUUUGUCGUAGUGACCUUUGACGAUUCCAUUCAAGAUCCUUUAUAUGCUACUGCUCAACAAAUGCUCAAUGUCACCAAUCCUAAUGGAUGUAAAGCAAAAGGUACUUGGUAUGUUAGUAUGCAAUAUACUGACUUUUCUUUGGUUCAAAAAUGGUACGCUGCCGGAAACGAGGUUGCUGAUCAUACAUUCACUCAUGUUGGUAAUCCAUCUGCCCAGGAAAUCUCAAGUGCUAAAUCUAUGCUUUAUGAAUAUGGGGGUGUACCAUUAACCGAAAUCCGAGGAUUUCGUGCACCAUUUUUGAAUUAUACUGCUGAUACACUGAAACAACUUUCUCAACAACAAUUCUCCUACGAUUCAAGCUCAAGUGCUAGUAGUGAUAGUGAUCGAUUCUGGCCUUAUACUUUGGACAAUGGCAUGGCAAAUGAUUGUUGGACUGGUAUUUGUGACCCUGGCAAGGUAAAGUUACCUGGUUUCUGGGAAUUUCCUAUGUAUGCUGUAAUGAAUAAUGCGAGCAUUUCUGAAUUGAUGGAUGUUUAUCUUUCUGGAUCUCCUGAAGAUGUGACAAAAUGGUCAUUGGAUCAAUUUGAAAAAAAUUAUAAUGGUGGACGACAACCAUUUGGUAUUUAUGUACAUCCAACUCAUUUAUCUUCGUAUCCUGGUUUACCUGAUCCAAAGCCUUUACUUGAUGGUGUAGUGAAUUUGAUCAAAACUGUCUCUGAAAAAAAGGACGUGUGGGUCGUAAGUAAUCAACAGCUCUUACAAUAUAUGAAGAACCCUGUGAAAUCUUCUGAACUUGGCAAUCAACCUUACAUGAAAUGUGAACAACCUGUGAUACCAAAUGAAAUCUGCAAUGGAUUGGAUGAUGAUAAUAAUGGCAACAUGGAUGAUAAUCUUUUGAACAAUUGUAAUUUCGGUACAUCCAAUUUCAAGACCUGUUUCAAUUGUCCUAGUGGUGCUCCUACUGUAUCAUCACCUACACCUAGUUCAUCUACUCAAAAUGGUACUGCUGGUUAUAGAUAUCCUGUUCCUGACAAUUGCGAUUCAAUUUGGUGGGAUCCUAUCGGUAAUAAAUGUUAUUGUGAAAGAGGUGCUACUAACUGUCAAUACAAGAGUCUCGCUGUGGAAACCAAUAAAACAAGUACUAAUAAUGGUUCUAGUGAUGGUUCUAUUGUACAACUUCCUCUUGGUCAAAUGGCUCUAUCUAUAGUAUUUGUUGCUUUGACAACAUUAUUUUAGAGAUCUAGAAUAGUCUUUUAUAAACAUAUUUGUCGAUUAGAAUUGAUAUUAAUUUGUUCUUAGUUUUUCUUCAAAGAAAUAAAAU